UAUUUAGGGGCGGCUCAGAGGCGGGGCGAAACGAGCAUGAUCCGAUAUUCGAGAUUCGGGAACGUCAGUCAGUCUCCACUGGGACGCCGAAGAGGGUAGAGUUAACGUGUCGCCGAGGUCGCCGCGCAGUGAGAGAACAUCCUCAGCUUCGUCGCGAGGAAAAUAAUAAACAAACGAGCGAGCGAAAGAUAAUUAAUUAAUGCCAGCGGAGUGAUAGACCCGCGCACGUGUGUUGGUGAAAACGAGACAAAACAAUAAAAAAAAAAAAAAAAAAGACAGAACAGACAAAUAAUUAUACUCGUUGAUCGUCCGGGGCGCGGAGGAGGAUAAAAUUAUCCGCGAAGAUAGAUAAAAUCAAAAAACACUCGAGCUAGGCUUGCGUCGUUCACCGCGAUUGGUGCACCGUGCGAUCGGAACGCGCAGAUCCACCGAGGAUUGGACCAGCACCCCUGAUUAAGAUGAUGCAAAUGUCGCUGGCGGGCAGCGAGGCUGGAGCCGUCGGCGGACUGGGGGUCGGGGUCUUGCCCUUCGACGGAAUGGGCCUCUACGAACAGCCAAGGCCCAGGUUCGUCUUCAAAAUGCCCCGCGUCGUUCCGGACCAGAAGGCCAAGUUCGAGACCGACGAGCUCUUCAGGAGGCUGAGCAGAGAGAGCGAGGUCAGGUACACUUCCUAUCAUGACAGGCCAAAGGAGGAGCAGCAGGUCCGUUUCCAAACUGGAUGUCGCGAGGGACACACAGAGAUUGCAUUCGCGGCGACAGGAACGAAUCUUCAGCUGGUUUUCGCCUCGGCGGCAUCCGGAUUUUGCGGCGAGCCACGCGAAUGCGACUUUGAUAAGGAGCACGGAAAGGUUCACAUUCGAUCUCGGUUGAUAAUGAACGGUGUCUGCGUGAGAUGGCGAGGCUGGAUCGACCUGGAGCGUCUGGAUGGAUUGGGAUGCCUGGAGCUGGACGAGGAAUUGGCAGCCGAGGAGGACAGGAUCCUUCGGGAGCAAAUCGACAGCUACAACCAGAGACUGCGGGAGCUUGACGAGAAGCGAAUCUACCGCGGCGCGAUCAGUCAGGCUUCCCACUUGAACCACCAUCACCACCAUGGACACCAUGGGCACCACGUGCCCGGUGCCGGCGCUCCCAGCGUCGGGCCGCAUCUCGCCCAUCGCCAGGACUCCGAGAUGGAGGUUAGGCUUCGGACCUACGCAUAGAUUAAACCUUGUUUCGCGAGACUUUCAACCCUCGCAAUAUCCUGUGACGUGCAGCCCUCCGUGCAGACUGAUUAAUAUUGUGUACCUAACGCGAGUUAACGUUGCGCGAUCAAUCGUCGCGAUAUAUCUCUCCCUCUUUCUCCUUCCCCCCCUCCCCCCCCCCCACUCUCUAUUUCCUUCUCACUCCCUAUAUCUUUGCCUCACAGUUUUCACUUGUACUUUUCUGUCUUUUAUAACCAGGGCUAUGAGAUUUUCUAUACGCAAAAAUACCGCGUAUACGCCCGGAGGUUCAUUUUUUAACCGACAAGGAAAGUUUUUAUGUAUAGUUAUUGUUUUCUUUGAUAUUGACAAAAGUAAUGUGGCGAAAAUUUUGAGGAUGAAAAAAUUAUUCACGGGGUCGUUUUGAAGUAUUGAAUUAUAUGCGAGAAUUAUUCUUUUUACGCUAAGGACAAUUCGAAAAUCUGUAUCCUUUCCCGAAAAUAUGACGAAGAUUAAUUAGAAAGAAAAAUUAGUUGACAGUUUUUAUUAUAUACAUUAUAAAGAUAAUCUUUCAAAACGUCUUUGCUUUUACCUGUCUUGCAAUAUUUUUCAAUAUAUCUGUUAUACCGUAGGUAAAUAUAUAGAAUAAACGAUAGUUUAAAUUCAGGGCAAGUGAAAAUAGCUACAUGAUAAUUCUUGAGUAUGUGUGCUUUUUGUACAAUUAUACCUAUGAUAGUUGCAACUGAAUUAUGAUUAUUAUAUCCGUGAUGUAUAAAUGACAGAAUAAUAUCGCCCGAAUCACACAACGAAGACCAUAUUAUACAAAGAUAGAGGUUAUAGGUUUUCCAUAUACUCAUUUGUUAUAGGUGCAUGUGCCGCAGUCUAUGUUUGCAUUACUAUUAUUAUUAUUAUUAUUAUUAUUACCAUCAUCACCAUCAUCAUCGUAUGCGCACAUAUAAUUACGACAUGACGCGUGUUAUUCUUCGAAAGAAUUGCGAUCGAUUCAAAAUUUGCAUAUUUCACCGAAAUAAAAACGUAAGCGUAAUAAUAAAUGUAAUGAAAUUCAUGGAACCGUUUAACAAAGUGUCACGCAUCGUGACUCUUGGACAUAAUAUGUUACGCGUUAGGUGUGACACAGUCGAAUCGCGAACGGAAUUCUCGUCGUCCGGAUCCAUGCGUCAUGCUAGGAAUUUCUAGACAUUCGAUUAUGAGAGUGAGUCAGCAGACUCACGAUCAGUGCGGCUCCUUGAGAAGAGUUCGCGUUGAUACUUCGGCAUGUAUGUUUUCUUUUCUUUUUUUUUCUCUUUUCCCACUUUUUUUUCUCUCUCAGUUACACAUAUAGUAAUUUUGUUGUAUGUACAUAUUUGUAAAGAGUUUAUUAACUAAAUAUAAUUUUUACCAAUAAUUA